AUGAAGUAUCUCGCAGUUACAGGUGGUACUGUCAGCGGCCUAGGCAAGGGAAUUACAAUUAGUAGCAUUGGUGUUGUGCUCAAGUCAGUUGGUCUACGUGUAACAUCCAUCAAGAUUGAUCCGUACCUGAAUUGCGACGCUGGUACUAUGUCUCCGUUUGAACACGGAGAAGUCUUUGUCUUGAAUGACGGUGGUGAAGGUGAUCUCGACCUUGGAAAUUACGAACGAUUCUUAGGGAUUACACUCACGCGAGACCACAAUAUUACAACGGGUAAAAUCUAUACACAUGUGCUUGAGAAGGAACGUCGUGGAGAUUAUCUUGGCAAGACGGUACAAGUGGUCCCUCAUGUGACAGAUGCGAUUCAAGACUGGAUCGAACGUGUGGCUCCAAUUGGUGUUGAAAGUACUAAAAAUCGUGACUUUUGUACGUUGAAUGACCAAGCAGCAGACGUUUGUCUCAUUGAAGUCGGUGGAACUGUUGGUGAUAUUGAAAGUAUGGUCUUUCUCGAAGCAUUACGUCAAUUUCAAUUUCGAAUUGGUCCCGAAAACUUUUGUCUUGUCCAUGUGUCACUUGUACCAGUGCUUGGUUCAGUAGGAGAACAAAAGACAAAACCGACACAACAUGCGAUUAAAGAAUUACGUAGCGCGGGUUUGACACCAGACGUUAUUAUUUGUCGAAGCACCACGGAACUCGAAUCGGCUACGAAAGCGAAAAUUGGCAUGUUUUGUCAAGUACCAGCGAAUCACGUACUGUCAGUCCAUGAUGUGAGCAAUAUUUAUCAUGUGCCUUUGCUUUUAUCGAAACAAGGGGCGGCUAGUAUUCUCAUGUCGAAGCUUCAGCUCAUGAAUCGAUUUUCGGAACCAGAUCUUAAGGCCUGGUCAGCAAUGGCUCAUCGUGUUGAUUCAUUCACACAAAUUUGUAAAAUCGCACUUGUGGGUAAGUAUACAGGUUUACAAGAUUCGUACUUGAGUGUGAUUAAGGCUUUAAAGCAUGCGACGAUGAAGUGUGAUCGGGAUCUUGAGAUUGUGUGGAUUGAAGCCAGUGAUUUGGAAGUCGAAAUGCGUGAGAAAAAUGUUCAAGCGCAUCAAGAAGCAUGGACGAAGUUGCGAAGUGUGGAUGGAAUUGUCGUACCUGGUGGAUUUGGUGAUCGUGGUGUGGAUGGCAAGGUAUUGACUGCUCAAUACGCUCGUGAGAACGGGAUUCCGUAUCUUGGUGUGUGUCUCGGCAUGCAAGUUGCUGUGAUUGAGUACGCACGCAAUGUUGUUGGCUGGCACGAUGCGAACAGCGAAGAAUUUGACGCUAAUGCUGGCCAUAAGGUUGUGAUUUUCAUGCCAGAAAUCAAUCCAGACGUCAUGGGGGGUACCAUGCGCUGUGGAGAACGCGAGACGAUUGUACACGAAAGUGAGGACCCGAGAAAACGGUCGCUUGUGUCGUAUCUUUAUGGUAAGAAUAAACCGAUUCUUGAACGUCAUCGUCAUCGGUACGAGGUGAAUCCAGAGGUUGUGGCUACUCUUCGAGAACGAGGAUUGAACUUCGUGGGUACAGACAUUAAGGGUGAGCGUAUGCAAGUGAUUGAGCUGGAUCGUGAGAUUCAUCCUUUCUACUUUGCUACACAAUAUCAUCCGGAAUUCAAGUCCCAUCCGAAUGAUCCGUCUCCACCAUUUUACGGAUUAAUUCUAGCUGCUACUAAUAAAUUGGACGAGUUUAUUAAAGCAGUGGAAGCCAAGGAAUGCGAGAUGUAA